AUCUUACCACUCGAAGCUUCAACAUCACGUACGUCACGGACGACUUUUCUCUCGACCAUCGAAAUCGUUGCUUCGUCACUCAUUUUUGUCUUGGUUACGGUCGCUUCGCUAUCCUCAGCACGUCGGAUUACUCUUUUGCCCUUUUUGCCCCAGUUUCAGGCUGUGUGCCGCAAUGGUCCCCCAAGUCAAGCAGGAUCCGGAUGCUCAGUCGCCAUACAUCAAGUCCGACCCAUACAUCAAACAAGAUCCCGAUAGCAAAGAUGCCGUACUCGCCGAUAUUGACGACGAGGACUUGUACGAAGAUGCGGGAGAUCUAGAUUUCUCCGCUGCGAAUCAGAACGUGUGGCUCUCGCGGAUUCCCCGGUCGCUAUGGGAGCAUUGGUCGCAUCUGUCGAACACCGGCGGCGACGACGAUGAAGAGAUUCAAAUCGGAACAAUGAGGAUUGAGGGCACACCAAAUGAUAUUAAACGGGUCAGUCUGCGCCUAAACGAGCGCGACGAUAAUCGCGAAAUCCCCAAGGACUAUCUAUUGCAACGGCAGACGAUAACUGCGGAGAACGUUUCACACUUGACGCAAAAUACGUACCUUUUCACCGAGCGAGACAUUCCAGGACAUGAGAACCGGAUGGUGGUCUUUGGGGAGGCGCGUUCGGCACUCUACGAGUCGAUGAAGCGGGAAAUGAAGAAAAAGGAGCGCAAGAAGAAAUGGGAGCCCUACGUGAGGAAGACUGUGCCUAAACAAACGGCUUUGGUAGGCAGUGUGGGUGAAGAGUUCAACUGCCUUCCGGUCGAGAACGAGGAAUUCCGGCGACUAUCGGAGAAGAAGGCUCUGGAGGCGCUCAAACCGAAGCGCGAGACCGUCUUUAUCGAUAAGAUCCCGGGCAAGCUGCUCCAACCGCGGAAUGCACUGCCCGGCGAGAAGGGUGCAUUUGUGCAAGCAACAAGACCCCUCAAGCCCAAGGCUCAGGAGAACAAGACUACGCGUAUGCCUCAGAACGAGCUGCUGGAUCUUAUUUACCAGUGCUUCCGAGAAUACAAGUACUGGCCGUUUAAGACUCUCAAGGCGAGACUGCGACAGCCAGAGGCCUAUCUUAAGCAAACAUUGGAAAUGAUUGCGCACUUGGUUAAAGCCGGUGACUUUGCUAUGACCUGGGAGUUAAAGCCCGAGGCCAGGGAGAGCAACUACUCGAAUGCGAUGUACAGCGACGCCAAAGAUGAACUUGCCCCGGGACUCGACUACAACUUCGAUGACGCUUCUGAUGAGGAGGCUACGCCUUCCGGCAUGGUUACAGAUAAUGACGACACACAAUUCGAGAACGCUCUCUAAAACGCACGGGAUCGAUGUAGCAUAAGGACCAUGGCGUUUCUUUUGGGAGUUUCUUGGGUGAUUUGAUAAAGGUUGCUUUAGAUUUAUUCAUGAGGGCUUAGAUGACUAUCAAGCCCACCAUCUACCACACAUAUGAUCAAACCAAUGCGAUCGAGCUGGGAGGCUCCAGUUGCUGAACC